GAUUGUAGGCAGUAGGGAGUUUUCUGCUGGGGUCAGGAGGACUGUGAACAGACAAGUGGACCCUGCCCCAAACAUUCGUAUAUGAGUGGAGUGUAGCAGAAAGAGAAAACACCUCCAACUUUUUCCUCUCUUGCCUCAAAGAGUCUACAUGUCUAGUGGCAACUAGACAUGUUCAGCUUUGUGGAUUUGCGGCUGGCACUGCUGCUCAGCGCAGCAGUGUUCCUGGUCAGAGCGCAGGGCGAGGACGAUCGUACAGGCGGGAGCUGCACCAUGGACGGCCAGGUGUUUGCAGACCGGGAUGUGUGGAAGCCAGAGCCAUGUCAGAUCUGUGUAUGUGACAGUGGCACAGUGAUGUGUGAUGAAGUCAUCUGCGAAGACACAGCAGAUUGCCCAAACCCAAUCAUCCCCCACGACGAGUGCUGCCCCAUCUGCCCAGACGAAGGUUCUCCGGUGGGACCGGUGGAGGGACCCAAGGGAGAGCGUGGGCCCAAAGGAGACAGGGGUCCUCCUGGCCCCCCUGGUAGAGAUGGUAUGCCUGGCCAGCCCGGACUGCCUGGACCUCCCGGCCCCCCUGGACCUCCUGGCCUUGGUGGAAACUUCUCCCCUCAGAUGUCUGGUGGCUUUGAUGAGAAAUCCCCUGCUAUGCCUGUGCCUGGACCCAUGGGCCCAAUGGGACCCCGUGGACCCCCUGGACCUCCUGGUGCUAGUGGACCUCAGGGAUUCACUGGCCCCCCUGGUGAGUCUGGAGAGGCUGGAGCUGCUGGUCCCAUGGGUCCUCGUGGCCCCGCUGGCCCCCCUGGAAAGAACGGAGAGGAUGGUGAGUCUGGCAAACCUGGUCGCGCUGGUGAGCGCGGACCUUCUGGCCCACAAGGAGCUCGUGGUUUCCCAGGAACCCCUGGUUUGCCUGGAAUCAAGGGACAUAGAGGAUUCAGUGGUCUGGAUGGUGCUAAGGGAGAAACUGGCCCUGCUGGACCCAAGGGAGAGUCUGGUGCCCCUGGUGAGAAUGGAACUCCUGGUGCUAUGGGACCUCGUGGUUUGCCCGGUGAGAGAGGUCGCACUGGUGCUAAUGGAGCUGCUGGAGCUCGUGGUAAUGAUGGUGCUGCUGGUGCCGCUGGACCUCCAGGUCCAACUGGCCCCGCUGGCCCUGCUGGAUUCCCUGGUGGCCCUGGAGCCAAGGGUGACGCCGGACCUCAGGGUGCUCGUGGACCCGAGGGCCCUGCUGGAGCCCGUGGUGAGGCUGGAAACCCUGGACCUGCUGGCCCAGCUGGACCUGCUGGAAACCCAGGAGCUGAUGGUGCACCUGGAGCCAAGGGAGCCCCUGGUGCUGCAGGAGUUGCUGGUGCUCCUGGUUUCCCUGGACCUCGUGGACCCCCAGGACCUCAGGGUGCUGCUGGUGCCGCUGGACCCAAGGGUAACACUGGUGAAAUUGGUGCCCCAGGAGCCAAGGGAGAGGCUGGUCCAAAGGGUGAGGCUGGUGUUCCAGGAGUUCAGGGACCCCCGGGACCUCAUGGUGAGGAGGGCAAGAGAGGGGCCAGAGGAGAGCCUGGUGCUGCAGGAGCUCGUGGAGCACCUGGAGAGCGUGGUGCCCCUGGUGGUCGUGGUUUCCCUGGUUCUGAUGGCCCUGCUGGGCUUAAAGGCGCCCCUGGUGAGCGUGGUGCCCCAGGUCUUGUUGGAGCAAAAGGUGCCACUGGUGAACCUGGCCGCACUGGUGAACCUGGUUUGCCUGGAGCUAAGGGAAUGACUGGCAGCCCUGGCAGUCCUGGACCUGAUGGCAAGACAGGAGCUGCUGGAGCUCCUGGUCAAGAUGGUCGUCCUGGACCUCCUGGCCCUGUUGGAGCUAGAGGCCAGCCUGGUGUAAUGGGAUUCCCUGGACCAAAAGGAGCUGCUGGUGAGGGUGGAAAGCCUGGUGAAAGAGGAGUAAUGGGACCCACUGGUCCUACUGGUGCCCCUGGUAAAGAUGGUGAUGUUGGUGCUCCUGGUGCCUCUGGACCUGCUGGUCCUGCUGGUGAGAGAGGAGAGCAGGGACCUGCUGGAUCUCCUGGAUUCCAAGGUCUUCCAGGACCCCAGGGUGCUGUUGGUGAGUCUGGAAAGCCCGGAGAGCAGGGUCUUCCCGGUGAAGCUGGAGCCCCUGGACCUGCUGGAGCUAGAGGUGAUAGAGGAUUCCCUGGUGAGCGUGGUGCACCUGGUGCUGCUGGACCCGUUGGUCCUCGUGGAUCCCCUGGUUCUGCUGGAAAUGAUGGUGCUAAGGGAGAUGCUGGUGCCCCUGGUGCGCCUGGGGCUCAGGGUCCUCCUGGACUACAGGGAAUGCCUGGUGAGCGUGGUGCUGCUGGUCUUCCAGGAUUGAGAGGAGACAGAGGUGAUCAAGGUGCUAAGGGGGCUGAUGGGGCUCCUGGCAAGGAUGGUGCUCGUGGUUUGACUGGACCAAUUGGACUUCCAGGACCUGCUGGAGCCCCUGGAGACAAGGGCGAGCCUGGUGCCGCUGGACCUCUUGGACCCGCUGGAGCUCGUGGAGCCCCUGGUGAGCGUGGAGAAGCCGGACCACCUGGACCUGCUGGCUUUGCUGGACCCCCUGGUGCUGAUGGACAGCCUGGUGCUAAAGGAGAGGCUGGAGAUAAUGGUGCUAAAGGAGAUGCCGGCCCCCCUGGUCCUGCUGGACCCACUGGUGCCCCUGGACCUCAGGGUCCUGUAGGGAAUACUGGUCCUAAGGGUGCCCGUGGACCUGCUGGUCCUCCUGGUGCUACUGGAUUCCCUGGUGCUGCUGGCAGAGUUGGACCUCCUGGCCCCUCUGGUAGUUCUGGUCCUCCUGGACCUGCUGGACCAGCUGGCAAAGAGGGACCCAAAGGAAACCGUGGUGAGACUGGACCUGCUGGACGCCCUGGUGAGAUAGGUGCUGCUGGCCCACCAGGACCUGCUGGAGAGAAGGGUAACCCUGGUGCUGAGGGUGCUUCUGGUAGUGCUGGUCUGCCUGGACCUCAGGGUAUUAAUGGACAGCGUGGUAUUGUUGGUCUGCCAGGACAAAGAGGAGAGAGAGGUUUCCCUGGCAUGCCUGGCGCUGUUGGAGAGGCUGGAAAGCAGGGACCUGGUGGCCCCGUUGGUGAGCGUGGACCUCCUGGACCCAUGGGACCACCUGGAUUGGCUGGAGCCCCUGGAGAGCCAGGACGUGAGGGAACCCCUGGUAAUGAGGGAGCAGCUGGGCGUGAUGGAGCUCCUGGACCCAAGGGAGAUCGUGGAGAGUCUGGCCCUGGUGGAGCCACUGGUGCCCCUGGACCCCCUGGUGCCCCUGGACCUGUUGGACCUGCUGGAAAGUCUGGUGACCGUGGCGAGACUGGACCUGCUGGCCCUGCUGGUGCUGCUGGCCCUGCUGGACCUCGUGGUCCCGCUGGAGCUCCUGGCCUUCGUGGAGACAAGGGAGAGACUGGAGAGGCUGGAGAGAGAGGCAUGAAGGGACACAGAGGAUUUACUGGCAUGCAGGGACCUCCUGGACCUGCUGGACCUAGUGGAGAGCAAGGACCUGCUGGUACUUCUGGACCUGCUGGACCUAGAGGCCCUGCUGGAGCUGCUGGAGCUGCUGGUAAGGAUGGUAUGUCUGGUCUUCCUGGACCUACUGGUCCUCCUGGACCUCGUGGACGCUCUGGAGAAAUGGGACCUGCUGGUCCUCCUGGACCUCCUGGACCUCCUGGAGCACCUGGUGCACCUGGUGGUGGAUUUGACAUGGGCUUCAUCUCCCAGCCUCAAGAGAAGGCCCCUGAUCCCUUCCGUAUGUACCGUGCUGAUGAUGCUAAUGUUCUUCGUGACCGUGACCUGGAGGUUGACAGCACCCUAAAGAGCCUCAGCCAGCAGAUUGAGCAGAUCCGCAGCCCAGAUGGAACACGCAAGAACCCUGCCAGAACCUGCCGUGACCUAAAGAUGUGCCACCCUGACUGGAAGAGCGGUGAAUACUGGAUUGACCCUGAUCAGGGCUGUACUCAGGAUGCCAUCAAGGUCUACUGCAACAUGGAGACUGGUGAGACUUGUGUGUCACCAGUUCAGCGUGAGGUUGCCAAGAAGAACUGGUACAUCAGCAAGAACAUUAAGGAGAAGAAGCAUGUCUGGUUCGGAGAGGCAAUGAAUGAUGGCUUCCAGUUUGAGUAUGGCAGUGAGGGCUCUCAGCCAGAAGAUGUCAACAUCCAGCUUACCUUCCUGCGUCUCAUGUCCACUGAGGCAUCUCAGAACCUCACCUAUCACUGCAAGAACAGUGUUGCCUACAUGGACACCUCUGCUGGCAACCUCAAGAAGGCCCUGCUCCUCCAGGGCUCCAAUGAGAUUGAGAUCAGAGCUGAGGGCAACAGUCGCUUCACCUACAGUGUACUCGAGGAUGGAUGCACGUCACACACCGGUACAUGGGGCAAAACAAUCAUUGACUACAAGACAUCAAAAACAUCUCGCCUCCCUAUCAUUGAUAUUGCUCCUAUGGACGUUGGUGCUCCAGACCAAGAGUUUGGCUUUGAAGUUGGACCCGUCUGUUUCUUGUAAAAAGAGAAAUCUGGACUUGAUAUUGUUGUUGUGUGCGUGUGUGUGUUUUAUUUUUUCUAACAGUCAUCUCUUGCUAAAAAAAAAGCCCCAUCAAAACAUUCCUCCAAUGCCAUUUUCGUGAAAAUCUGAACCCUCACUCUUUUUCUACAACUUUCCAUUUGGCUGUUUUUCUGAAAGUCCACUCUGCCUAGAACCUGCACUUCAACAAGAUAGCGGUGAUGUGGAGGCAUCUGCAUUGUCGUGUUUGGGACCACUACUUUUUUGUUUCUGACUGUUUUUACCAUCACCAACACCAAGGAUCCUUUAAAGAAGACAUUUUGUUUCACUGGCAUCAAGAAAAUAAUAUAUGCUUCUGUAAAGUGUAAAAGAUUCACUUCCCCUCUUCAUCCUGCCAAACCAGGCCCCUCUGGAGUUUACAGAAAACAACACACAGAUGACUUUUGUAUUUUUAUACAUCACUGCGGUGAGAAGAAUGAAAGGACAGUACCAACAGACAGAAUUUCUUUGUACCACGUUGCAGGUGUUGACGAAUAAACGGUGAAACUGACAGCUGUUUGUCUCUGUUGUUCUGCCCACCCCUCCCCUCUACCUUAGCCCCAGACAUGGAGGACACCUCACCCAUUCCUUUCUGUUUGUUUUGUGAUUGGUCAGUACUUGCAGCCGCUUCGUUUGUUUGUUUCUGUUUCUCCCAUUUCGAAAAAAUCACAUUAAAACCACCAGCACAGAAACAUGGGUAAACCUCUUUUUUUGAAAGAACUCUAUGGCUACCUCAGAGAAGCAAUAAUUCCAGCUUCAAACAAAAAGAAGAUCCCUGUGUUUUUGAAGUAAAACCUCUAGUGGUUGUGACAUUGAUUGGAUUAGUCAAGGUUUAUUGACACAUUAGCAGACGCAAUCACAGAUUAAAUGUACGGUGCUAUUCUUUAUUUGAGGAGUCCUGGCUGUACUGUGUUGAGGUAACUCUGCCAUGGCUGUACCUUGUUGGUGCGAAAAUAAGUUUUUACUCUUGGUGUCCAUAAUGAGGCAUACUUCUUGAAUCUCCAGUCUAGGUCGUGGUGGCAAAGAGCUGUCAAAGUCUAGCCCUGUUUCUAAGCUCAAGUUCAAGUGGAUCUUUUCAUCACACUAUGGUGUUUGGUGUUUACCUUGGAAUUUCUCUUCCACCAUUUCUGUCACUUAAAUUCUUCUUCUCUCCUUCACACGGCUGUCUGUUUAUUGUUUUCUUGUGUGAAGAGUGAAUGUUUUCAAAAAUUUAAAUCAAUUUUUAGUAUUUUUUUUCAAAUGCGCAUCAGACAGAAAGUCAUCAGCUAAGAGUUUGUGAAAAAAACAGACAGACACACACAUUGGGGAAAACACCACAAAGAUCUGUAGCUAUUUUGUACAUGUAUAAUAAAUUGAGAUGUUUUUAAUUAUUUUGAAUGCUGAAAUAAAGCAUGUUAAGUGGUCUAACAUUGAA